AUGGUUACCACCAGUCCAAACUUAUCGGUUCGACAAGGUUCGGUUCAGGCUGGCAUUAGCAAAAGGAGUUAUCAUGAUGCUAUGAAUAUACUUCACCUAAAGCCAUAUCAUCCAAGUCUAAUCGUCAACCUGAACGAAGACGACUUCGACCGACGCAGUAAAUUUUGCGAAAUGUGGCUUGAAAAAUUUAACAACGACCCUAACCUGAUUGACCAUAUUUUUUGGAGCGACGAGGCCAAAUUUAAUAGGAAUGGAGUUGUCAAUGGACACAAUUGCACGUACUGGUCCAGUGAAAAUCCUCAUAUAAAAUUCGAGGUGCCAAACACAAAACAAGGGGUUAUGGUAUGGUGCGGAUUAACUUCAAGUGGACUUCUCGGUCCUUACUUUUUCAAGGAAACAGUUACUGGUCCGGUUUACAAACAAAUGUUAAUCGACUACGCAUGGCCUUAUUUGAAGCACAAGAGGCUAUACUUCCAACAUGAUGGUGCAGGACCUCACUAUGCUAUUGUGGUGCGUGAUUGGCUCGAUGAAAAAUUUCCUGGUCGUUGGAUUGGGAGACGUGGAUCCUUUGACUGGCCAGCACGGCCACCUGAUUUAACACCUUGCGACUUUUUCCUUUGGGGAUAUCUAAAAGACAUUGUGUUUAGAGAACCAUUUGCUACAAUCGCACAACUCCAGAACAAGAUCGAACAAGCCUGUGCUCAUGUGACAUACAAAAUGUGCGAAGAAGCAUGUCACUCGGUGGCGCAUCGUCUUCGCGACUGUUUGGACAAUGAAGGACAAUUUCUAUCGUACUAA